AUUCAUUCGUCUCUGAAGAUGAUGUUGAUGUUUUGUAACCAUUUAGAACUGUAAAGAAGGGUCUUGACUUUAUUUGCUGAACACGAUGCGUCGCUCGGGGGCCCCUAGUCAGCUCUUUGGUAACAUGGCCAAGAAGCCCCGGUUUGUCCCUCCUGGAGCUUCUUUGACUGGUCCUCCUGAUGUCAAUAUCCUGCCUGAAAAGGAGCUACUGGUCCCGACACUGGCCCUGGGGAAUGUACUGAACAAGGUCCAGAAGAGCCUUUCAAAUCCAUCCCCUGCACUGCCUCCUGCCCUACCCGUAAAGCCUUUCAGCUUGGCUAAUAGCCCCCCAGUGCCAGGCCCGUCCAGAGCUCUAGCCAGGGUGCUGAGUGCAGACAGUAAGGAGAAUGGGACAGAGCCUGAAAACCCCACAGAGGAGACCACUGACGACCAAGCUGGUUUCCGAUGCCGCCCCCAGAGCCUGGGGGGGGGGUGUGGUCCCGCUGGUGUCACCCCGGUGUCAGUUAGUGUUCCCGGCGGGCCGCGGUUCUUCAGUGUGGUGUGGUGUAAGGCCAGCGGGAGGAAACACAAGCGCUGGGAGGGAGAUGCCGUCCUGGUGACAAGAGGACGUUGCGCCACACUCAAAGAUUUGGAGGGAAAGGACAUUGGCAAGGGUAGUGGAUAUAAGGUGUCAGAGCUGGCAUCGCUGUGUGAAGGAGAGACGUUGACUAUAGGAGGCAAGCAGGUUGAGGUGAUGGGACUGAUAUCAGAGCAGGACUACAAUAAGGGCCGCUGUUUCGUUGAUGUCAAUGCGGAGAGGGAGGAGCCUAAGAUAUCAGCUCCACCUCCUUCUCGACGACCGUCUUCCAAACCGUUCUGCCGUCCGACGCUGUUGGGAGGAGGAACCACGUCUCCGGAAAAGCAGCAAUGCAAACCACGUCAUGACCCCCAAGCUCCAGGAGCCCUGGUCAUGCCCCGGCCCUCAGCCAAUCACCAGUGGGUGUAUAAUAAGGCAGGCCUCCCAGUAGUGGACGUGGUGGUUGACCCCUACUUGACUGCUCACCUCCGACCCCACCAGAGAGAAGGCCUGCUCUUCCUCUACGAAUGUGUCAUGGGGAUGAGGGCUACUUGCAGGUACGGCGCUAUCUUGGCAGAUGAGAUGGGUCUGGGUAAGACACUCCAGAGUGUGGCAUUGACGUGGACGCUGCUAAAGCAGGGGCUGUAUGGAGGGAAACCGGUUGCUAAGCGUGUGCUGGUGGUUGCUCCCGGCAGUCUGGUGCAGAACUGGGGCGCUGAGUUUAAGAAAUGGCUCGGCAGGGAGAGGAUCAGCAUCUACACUGUUGACCAGGACCACCGGGUGGAGCUGUUUGCGUCCUCUCCUGUCUACAGUGUGUUGGUGAUCAGCUAUGAGAUGCUGCUGCGUUCUCUGGAAGUGGUGCAGAGGCUGGAGUUUGGGCUGGUGAUUUGUGAUGAGGGUCACAGACUGAAGAACAGCAGCAUCAAGACCUCCUCUGCCAUUAGUGGUCUCAGCUGUAUGCGGAGAGUUAUACUAACCGGUACUCCAGUGCAGAAUGACCUGCAGGAGUUCUAUGCCAUCAUAGAGUUUGUGAACCCGGGGAUUCUGGGAUCGUCUGCUGCCUACAGGAAGGUGUACGAGGAGCCCAUCCUCCGGUCCCGACAGCCCACGUGCACUGAGGAGGAGAGGGUUUUGGGGGAGGAGCGAGCAGCUGAGCUCUCUCGUCUGACUGGUCUGUUCAUUCUGAGGCGGACCCAAGAAGUCAUCAACCGCUACCUGCCGCCUCGUCUGGAUUGGACGCUGUUCUGUGGCCCCUCUCCCCUGCAGCGGGGGCUGUACCAGGCUCUCCUCUCCCACCGUGUCGUCCGAGCCUGCCUGCAGGGUCCCGCCCAGACUCACACGUCCCUCGCCUGCAUCACCGCCCUGAAGAAGCUCUGCAACCACCCGGGACUCAUCUACUCUGCUAUACAGGAGCGUUCAGACAGGAGCUCAGCGGAGGGUUCCCUGUAUGACGGGCUGGGGAGUGCCUUCCCAGGGUCCUACUCUUCUGGAGGCUUCAGUACCACUGACUCAGGGAAACUGCUAGUCCUGUCAGACCUACUGGCUGCUAUACAUCACCUCAGCCCUGCUGACAGGGUGGUGGUGGUGUCUAACUACACCCAGACGUUAGACCUCCUCCAGGACAUGUGUGUCCAGCGGGCAUACACCUACUGCCGUCUGGACGGCCACACCCCCACCAUCCAGAGGCAGCGGUUGGUGGACAACUUCAACAGCCCUCACUCCACCCACUUUGUCUUCCUCUUGAGUUCUAAAGCCGGAGGGGUGGGGCUUAAUCUGAUUGGCGCAUGCCACCUUGUGCUCUAUGACAUUGACUGGAACCCUGCUAACGAUAUACAGGCAAUGGCGCGAGUGUGGAGAGACGGACAGAAGAAGACUGUCCACAUCUACCGCCUGCUAACGGCCGGCACCAUAGAAGAGCGGAUCUUCCAGAGACAGGUGUCCAAACAGGGCCUUUCUGGGACGGUGGUGGACCUGGGGAAAGGGGCGGAGCACACCAGCUUCUCCUCGGAUGAUUUGCGCGACCUCUUCAGCCUGUCGGACACGCCCUGUCUGACCCAUGACCUGCUACGCUGCUGCUGCAGUAUGGAUGGGUCGGCGCCAGAAGUAGAAGAAGGUGACGAUCCUGCAUCUGAUAGGCCAUGUCAGCUGGGUCGUCAUGGUGACCGUGGCGGGGCGGGGCAGAAGCAUCUCAGCAUGUCAGAACUGAUGCAGUGGAGACAUUUUGCAGGGGACACAGUCACCUUCAGAGAUGCUUACCUGGAUAAUGCACGAAACAAUGUCUCCUUCGCCUUCCAGUCCACUAUCACACACACUCCUCAAUAACACACACACACUGCACAAAUGAGAAAGAAGUCCUUCCAGUCCACUAUCACACACACUCCUCAAUAACACACACACACUGCACAAAUGAGAAAGAAGUCCUUCCAGUCCACUAUCACACACACUUCUCAAUAACACACACACACUUCACAAAUGAGAAAGAAGUCCUUCCUGGCCAUCAGUGGACUGUAUGUUAUUCUUUCUUUCUGAACCAUUUUUACUGUUUGAUGAAAGAGUGUAAAAUUGUUUAUCAAAUAUUUCUGAACCAUUUUUACUGUUUGAUGAA